AUGAAUAAUCCGUUGCUUUUGGGUAUUCUCUUGUGCUUGGGGACAUGUCUUGACGCAUUACCAGACCCAAGUAGCAAUGGAACUGAAGAGAUGUUGAUUUUCUUAGAUCAAAGGCUUGCAGUUGCGUACCCAGUCAUCCAGAGAUUCAAGUUACUCAUCACCCUCGACCCUUUCAAGAUAACUCAGACAUGGAUCGGUUCAGAUAUCUGCAGUUACAGAGGCUUCUACUGUGACAAUCCUCCCGACAACAAAACCGCACUCACUGUCGCUUCCAUCGACUUCAAUGGCUUCCAGCUCUCUGCCCCCUCCAUCGAAGGAUUCGUCGACCAACUACCUGACUUAGCUCUGUUCCAUGUAAACUCCAACAACUUUGGAGGUACCGUCCCGACAAAUAUCGUCAAUCUCAAGUACCUCUACGAACUUGACAUCAGCAACAACAGAUUCACUGGUCAGUUUCCAACUGCCGUACUUGACAUGCCCGGUUUGACAUAUCUUGACAUCCGUUUCAACUCCUUCUCCGGCUCAAUCCCGCCACAGAUCUUCAGCAAGAGCCUCGAUGUUCUCUUCGUUAACGACAAUGGCUUCACCGCGAGCCUCCCAGAUAUACCCGAGGACGAUGGUGGAGCACACAUUCUUUACUUAACCCUAGCAAACAACAAGCUCAAGGGUCCUCUCCCGAGUAGUGUUCUAAGAUCAAUGUCAUCGUUAAGCGAAGUAGUCUUCUUGAACAAUGAUUUCACGGGUUGUAUCCCUUAUGAGAUCGGGUUCCUCAAGGGAGCAUCAGUGAUCGAUAUUGGUGGAAACAAGCUCACGGGUCCUUUGCCUUUUUCGCUUACAUGUCUAGAGAAAGUAGAGCAACUCAACUUUGCUGGAAAUCUCUUGUUCGGGGUCAUCCCAGAGCCAGUGUGCAUGCUGCUCCGAGACAAUCUUGUCAACUUAUCUUUGUCUGAUAACUAUUUCACGCACUUGGGUCCUUGGUGUAGAGGUUUGGUUGAGACAGGUGUUCUUGACGUUAGGAACAAUUGCCUUCCUUUCUUCUUCCCCGGUCAAAGAUCGAUGAAAGAAUGUGCGGAGUUCUUUCUAAAACGUCCUAAGUACUACUGUCCUCACAGGUGGUUCAAUAGUUUUAUCCCUUGUAGAUAUUCUCUCACAUCUUCGCGUGAUGAAAUGCCUAUGGUGGCUCCCUCACCUUAA